UAUAAUUAACAAUAAGUUUAAUUUUGUUUUGUUGUUGUUUUAUUUAUUUAUUUGUUUAUUUGUUUUUGGUUGAACCGGAAUCUCUUGGAAAAUACUUGGGCAUUUGACGACAAAAUUUGCUAAAAGGAUCAAGUAGCAACCCCCUUUAUGGAUCUUUUUCCUUUCGCUUUCUUGUAUAUAUAUAUUUACAAAAAUACCAACUUCCGCACCACCAGCGCUUGUCUUGUUCCUUUGAAUCUCUGGGAUAAAAACAAAAAUGGAUUUAAAGACCGUGGCGCCAGUGGGAUCCGCGGCACUUGCAUUUGGUGGUCCGGCGGCGGCUGUUGCCGGUGGUAUUUCUCUGCUGUUUCUCAAAAGUUUUCUCUCUCAGCAACCUGAUAAUCCAAAUCGUCUCCCUUCUGUUCCCGCGGUACCCGGGGUGCCAUUGUUGGGGAAUUUGCUUGAGUUGAAGGAGAAGAAACCUUACAAGACUUUUACAAAAUGGGCAGAAACUUAUGGCCCUAUUUACUCCAUUAAAACUGGAUCCAGCUCCAUGGUUGUCGUUAAUUCGAAUCAGCUUGCCAAAGAGGCUAUGGUGACCAGAUACGAUUCCAUCUCAACCAGAAAGCUUUCAAAGGCAUUACAGAUCCUCUCAGCCGAUAAAGCCAUGGUUGUCAUGAGUGAUUAUGACGAUUAUCACAAAACUGUCAAACGCAACUUACUCACCAGUAUUUUAGGCCCAGCUGCUCAAAAGAGACAUCGUGCCCAUAGAGACGCCAUGGCAGAUAAUCUAUCGAGAAAACUACAUGCCUUGGCUCCAAAUUCUCCUCAUGAAGCAAUAAACCUCCGCCAAAUUUUUCAGUCUGAACUUUUCACGCUAGCAUUCAAACAGACAUUUGGGAGAGAUAUCGAAAGCAUUUACGUGGCUGAUCUUGGAACCACCAUGACAAGAGAUGAGAUGUUUCAGAUUUUGGUUGUGGAUCCAAUGAUGGGUGCCGCAGAAGUUGACUGGAGAGACUUCUUCCCGUAUCUUAAGUGGAUACCCAACACCAAAUUCGAGGAUAAAAUCGAACAAAUGUACAUCCGAAGAAAGGCUGUGAUGAAGGCCGUGAUUCAAGAACAUAGAAAACGCAUAGAGUCUGGAGAGAAUUUGGAUAGUUUCAUCGAUUACUUGCUGUCGGAGGCACAACCAUUAACGGACACACAAUUGCUGAUGUCACUUUGGGAACCGAUCAUUGAAACAGCAGAUACCACGAUGGUGACCACAGAAUGGGCAAUGUAUGAACUCUCAAAACACCCAAACAAGCAACAACGACUCUACAACGAAAUCCGAAGUGUUUGUGGGUCAGAAAAGAUCACCGAGGAGAAGUUGUGCAAGAUGCCAUAUCUAUCGGCUGUUUUUCACGAAACAUUGAGAGUUCAUAGUCCAGCAGCGAUAAUCCCGUUAAGAUAUGUGCACGAGAACACCGAGCUCGGAGGAUACCAUGUUCCUGCUGGGACUGAGCUUGCGGUGAAUAUAUAUGGGUGUAAUAUGGAGAGGGAAAUCUGGGAAAACCCUGAGGAGUGGAGUCCAGAGAGGUUUCUUGCGGAGAAUGAACCAAUCAACCUCCAAAAAACAAUGGCUUUUGGAGCGGGGAAAAGAGUGUGCGCAGGGGCUAUGCAGGCAGGCGAUGUUGCUUGUUUGUGUGGGGAUUGGGAGAAUGGUUCAAGAGUUUGAGUGGAGACUUAAAGAUGAUGUGGGAGAAGAUGUCAAUACGCUUGGGUUCACAACACAGAAGCUUAAUCCGAUGCUUGCAGUUUUAAAGCCAAGAAACUAACUAGGACUAAAUUAAUGGUUUAUGUUUCCUUUUUUUGUCUAUCCCAAAAUAAUAGCCUACUUAAUAUGUGUUUUACCAAAAUACCUCUCAUCUAUCAUUCCAUUAAAUGCAAUAAAAUGGUGGAAUUAAAUGCA